AUGGGCAUCGUGUGUGAGGAGUUAUGCUGGCUACAAUCCAUUGUUCAGAGGUUGCUGUUCUGUGAGGAGUUAUGCUGGCUACAAUCCAUUGUUCAGAGGUUGCUGUUCUGUGAGGAGUUAUGCUGGCUACAAGCCAUUGUUCAGAGGUUGCUGUUCUGUGAGGAGUUAUGCUGGCGACAAGCCAUUGUUCAGAGGUUGUUGUUCUGUGAGGAGUUAUGCUGGCGACAAACCAUUGUUCAGAGGUUGCUGUUCUGUGAGGAGUUAUGCUGGCGACAAGCCAUUGUUCAGAGGUUGCUGUUCUGUGAGGAGUUAUGCUGGCGACAAGCCAUUGUUCAGAGGUUGCUGUUCUGUGAGGAGUUAUGCUGGCGACAAGCCAUUGUUCAGAGGUUACUGUUCUUAGGGCGAGGGGGUGCCAAGAUUUAG